AGCCACUUGUAAAACUUCUCUUCCUCUAAAAAUAAAAAAUAAAAUAUAAAAUUAAGAGUGCUUAUCUUUGGUACUAUACUGGAACUAGAAAGUGGAACCACAACAUUUCCAACUGAAAAAUCUUCCAUUGCAAAUUUACAGCUACACUAACCCUUCCCCUUCUCUGCUACUAUGACUGCGAAAACAUUUCUUCUCUCCCACUACAGUUAUUCUCCUCCCAAAUAUUCCAACUUCCGUCCAAGCAAUUUCAGUUUUCAUUCAUUCUACUAUACUAAUGGUAUGGGUCGUGGUCCAUUUCGAUAUGGGGAAGGGUUAGUUAAGAGGAAUAGUAAUAGUAACAGUAAUAGUUGGAAGGUGUGGGCUGAUGUCAAGUCAAAGCCCUUCAAAAUUACUGAAUCGUUAAAGAUUGAUGAUCCCAUCUCCGAUGUUUCAUCGAAAAAGAAAGAAGAUGAUGAAGGAGAUAACUUAUUGAUUGGUCUUCCUUGGUGGGAAGAGUUCCCAAAGCGUUGGAUCAUUGUGCUUCUUUGUUUCUCUGCUUUUCUUCUUUGCAAUAUGGAUAGAGUAAACAUGAGUAUUGCCAUACUUCCCAUGGCAUCCGAAUUUCAUUGGAGUCCUACCACUGUUGGUUUAAUACAAUCUUCAUUUUUCUGGGGUUAUCUUCUCACUCAGAUAGCAGGAGGUAUAUGGGCAGACACUGUUGGUGGGAAGGCUGUCUUAGGAUUUGGAGUAGUGUGGUGGUCUGUUGCUACAGUUCUCACGCCCAUUGCCGCAAAGCUUGGAUUGCCCUUCUUAUUUGUUGUUCGAGCUUUCAUGGGAAUUGGUGAGGGUGUUGCAAUGCCAGCAAUGAAUAACAUUCUCUCUAAAUGGGUUCCUAUAUCAGAAAGAAGUAGAUCUCUGGCACUGGUCUAUAGUGGAAUGUACCUUGGAUCUGUGACUGGCCUAGCAUUUUCACCAUUGCUGAUACAUAAAUUUGGCUGGCCUUCUGUCUUCUUUUCUUUUGGUUCUUUAGGCACUGUAUGGUUUGCAGUGUGGCUCAGUAAGGCAUACAGUUCACCCCUGGAUGAUCCUAUGCUACGGCCUGAUGAAAAAAACUUUAUUCUUAGUAGCAGUGUUUCCAAGGAACCUGUUAAAUCAAUCCCUUGGAAAUUGAUUCUAUCAAAGCCGCCUGUGUGGGCCUUGAUAGUGUCUCACUUCUGUCACAACUGGGGGACAUUUAUUCUUCUUACCUGGAUGCCAACAUAUUAUCACCAGGUAUUAAAGUUUAAUCUUACGGAAUCAGGACUUUUUGCCAUCUUGCCAUGGCUCACAAUGGCAAUAUCUGCAAAUAUUGGUGGGUGGAUUGCAGAUUCCCUGGUGAGGAGAGGCAUAUCGGUGACCGUAGUCAGAAAGGUUAUGCAAACAAUAGGGUUUCUUGGACCUGCUUUCUUUUUAACCCAGUUGAGCCAUGUUAACUCUCCUGCAAUGGCAGUUCUAUGUAUGGCAUGCAGUCAGUAUUUCCAGACUAAAGACCUUGGCAGAUUCAAAUACUUUCUAGGUAUUGAGGUUGCUCAGUCCAGCUCAGGACAGGGGGAGCCACUCAGUGAUCCUGGAAGGCAUAGGCGAUUGGUUGGAAAUUUGAAUUAUCUCACAGUGACUAGACCUGACAUCUCUUUUCCUGUGAGUGUUGUAAGUCAAUUUAUGACUUCCCCUUAUGAUAGUCAUUGGGAUGUAAUUGUUUGGAUUUUGCGAUAUAUAAAUUCAUCUCCAAGUAAAGGACUACUUUUCGAAGAUCGGGGUCAUGAGCAUAUCAUUGGAUAUAUAGAUGCUGAUUGGGCAGGAUCACCCUCUGAUAGACGUCCUACAUAUGGAUACUGUGUUUUAUUAGGAGGUAAUUUGGUGUCCUGGAAGAGUGAGAAACAGUGUCUGGUUGCUCGAUCUAGAGUCGAGGCAGAAUAUCGAGCAAUGGCUAUAGCAACUUGCGAGCUGGUUUGGAUCAAGCAAUUGCUGAGAGAAUUAAAAUUUGGAGAAACUGGUAAGAUGGAACUUGUACGUGAUAAUCAGGCAGCCCUUUAUAUUACAUCUAAUCCAGUGAUCCAUGAGAGGACCAAGCACAUAGAGAUUGAUUGUUACUUUGUUAGAGAAAAGAUACUGUCGAGAGAUAUUGUUACAAAAUUUAUGAAAAGUGAUCAACUUGCAGAUAUCUUCACCAAGUCCCUCAUCAGUCCUCGUAUUAAUUACAUUUGUAACAAGCUUGGUACAUAUGAUUUGUAUGCACCAGCUUAAAGGGGAGUGUUAGAAUAUGAAUUGGAAUAACAUAUAGAAUUUUACUUGGAAAGGGAUUGUAAUGUAGUUUCCUAUUAGGAAUAGAAUUGGAAUGUAGUAUCUAUAAAUAGGGUCUCAAUGUAAUAAUUUAGAUACAAAAAUUUUAAUAAUAUUUUCUCCAUUAAUUC